GUUGAUUCCUCCCCCCAUAUCACCAGAAGGCAGUGCCAGCGCCUGUGCCUGUGCCUGUACUUGUACCUGCGCCUCCCACUGUGAUCCUCCAGCGACAGGAUCAUCCCUUCAUCAUGACUUCUUCGCAAUCAACUCCACAGUCGACAUCAACUACAUCAAGCAAUUCCCUAAAUCCAAGUGCCCCGACGUUCACACCAAAUGACUCGACCACUGGCAAUGACCAUCCCCAGGAAAUCGACUUUGCCAACCCGGCCAUCAAUGGUGCGGCUACCAAUGUUAGUGACAAGAAAGUCAAACCCGCCAGACCAGAUCCUGCUGCCCGAUCAACGACAGCGGAUGACAUUGCAGAAGCUGGUGCGGGCGUCAAGCUCACUGGGGCUCAACUGAAGAAGCAAAAGGCAGCAGAGAAAGCAGCUAGACGGGCGGAGAAGGUCGCAGCCAAGGGCGCUGUUGCACAAGCUGAGGCACAGGUCAAAACCGAGUCGCAAAGGAGGUCAUCCACGACCAAGAGAGAGGCAGAGGGUUUGAGCGCUGGUGCCCAUCACAAAAGGACUUUGUCGUCAGUAGGAAAGGCUUUGCCCGUACGUGGCGGCCCUCAUCAGCCAGGCUCCCAAGCAACGAAUCAAUUGAACCCGACUACGACUGCCGCUGGACCAGAAAGGGAAAAGCACAAAGAGGUGAAAAAGGUUCCCAUGUUCAGUCAUCUAUAUCCCAAGGAGAAAAAGGCAACGUUAUCUGGGGCAGGUCGGGAGAUCCAUCCUGCUAUAUUGUCGUUAGGGUUACAGAUCCGUGACUAUGUCAUUUGUGGCGGCAAUGCGCGAUGUGUCGCUACGUUGCUUGCUUUCAAGAAAGUCAUCCAAGCAUACACUACGCCUUCUGGUGUGGCCCUAUCACGACACCUUCUCACUCACCUCAACCACCAAAUCGCCUAUCUCCGCAACGCUCGACCUCUUAGCAUGAGUCAAGGCAACGCAAUACGAUGGCUUAAGAACCUUGUUUCUACUCAAUCCGUCGAUCUGACUGACAGCGAAGCCAAGCAGGACCUAUGUCAAGCUAUCGACAUCUUCAUUCGAGAGAGAAUCACACUCGCCGACGAAGUCAUUGCACGCGAAGCCACCGCCCGCAUCAAUGAUCGAGAUGUCAUUCUCACCUAUGCCAAGUCUUCAAUUGUCGAAAAGGCACUUCUUACUGCUCACGAGCAGGGCAAGGACUUCAAAGUCAUUGUCGUUGACUCCAGACCAAUGUUUGAAGGCAAAAACCUGGCGAGACGUCUCGUCCGCGCUGGCCUAAGAGUGCAAUAUGCCCUUUUGUCAGCGGUCGCCGAUAUUGUUGAUUUCGAGUCCGUCACCAAAUGUUUCCUUGGGGCCAGUUCUAUGCUAGGCAAUGGAAGUCUCUUCUCUAGGGCUGGGAGUGCGAUUGUGGCCAUGAUGGCCAAGGAAAGUUCAAAGAACAAGGCUCGAAAUGUUCCAGUCAUUGUCCUCUGCGAAACGGUCAAGUUCAGCGCAAAAGCUGCUUUGGAUAGCGUGGUCAUGAACGAGAUUGGAGAUCCGGACGCCUUGGUUGACACUGUACAACCGGAUACCAUCUCCUACACUGGGCCACCACCCACGACUGCGUCUACAGGGGCCAAGGGAGGGGCCAAGAAACAAAGUCACAGGGAGAAAGAUGAAGACGACGCAGAUGAGAAGGCAUCAAAUGGCAAAGGCCUUGAAAGCUGGAAAGAACAGCAGGGACUGUUCUUGCUCAACUUGAUGUACGAUGUCACGCCGCCUCAAUUCUUGGAUCUCGUCAUCUGUGAGUUGGGUAGUCUGCCUCCUCAAGCUGUCCCAGUGGUCAAUGGCGCCCAGGGAGAUGAUGCUGCGCUGGCCUAGUUCGAGAUCACGGCUUUCAAGUAUUCAACCCGUUCAGCUGUAUGAGAAGAGGACACUCUUCGAUAUCAGAAAAGAUUAGUCUUGGGGCUUUAAAUCACGACUUGGGGCCCCUCUUGCGUGAGAUUCAACCCUCCCCUACAAUCCAUCGUGCGAAACGGAUGAUUCUUCCGAAAUGAAGUUCUGUCAGCCGAACCAACGAUUAAACCAAAUCGGUAAUGUUUUUGAAAUUUGUGAUAUCAUUCGAUUGCAGCCCGGUCUAAUGACUCCGAAGGGUUGAAGAAUUGUAAUACCGGAUCCAGGAU